GUGACUGCUUCUAGAGUGCAACAGCCUCGUCGAGCCGAUUCGUAUUUCACUUUGUGGGGGAUCCUCACUGGGAGCAAGGAUUUGCUGUCUCACAAGGAGCGCAAGCGAUUGGGCAGUGAGCGAACCAGCGAUGCUCCUCGAGCUGCCACUGGACGUCAUCCAGGGAUCGACCCCUCGUUGUCGUCGCCAUGGAUGAGUUACGGCCCCUGUCUACUUAGCUUCGACACAGCCUCGCAGUCAGCAAGCCACCGCGACUGA